GGAUUCCCCUACAGCCUACAGUUCUAUAGUGUUGAUCAGAUUAGUCUCCUCUUUGCUUGUGUUUUAUGGACAAAAUUAUUAUUUCCAUCGUAAGCUCUCUACUGUGAUCAGACAUCAGACUACAAACACAAUGGCUGCUGACCAUCUCAAACUACGGCUAACAGGAGGAUUAGAUAAUCCGACAUUUUGGGCUGCAUGUUUGAAAUCUUCCAUGGCUUAUAGUGGUGAAGGUCUACUUCUCAGAAAUAUUGGGAUAUAUCCGUAUACGAAUGAUUGGACAUCAACUGAUGAUCCAACAGUUGCCUUAGCUCCAACAAUGGCUUACAUUCUCUAUCAUGGCAGGGCUUUGAAAGCAAGGCAGAGACCUGACCGUGAUUCGGUGUUUUCUAUCUUGAUGGCAGAGUAUUUAAGUCCUGCCCUUCCAGCAGAUUUAUUUCUAGAUCAGGAGAAGGCACGAUUGGAGUUCAGAAAAAUCGUGUAUGGACUAGUAUAUAGAGAGGCAAAUUUAGCCCAGAUAAGUCCAGAUGCUACAAGGGAGAAGUAUCAAAGAAUCAUGCUGGCAAAAGAAGAUUUCUUUCCAGAACCAUUCCUCGAGAAUAUUAUACAAACUGAAGAGCACCCAAUUGCAGAUGACUGGCCACUGUUGGCUGAUAUUGACAUUACUCGUCCUGGUACACUUCCUUCUAUAGAGUCAGCUAUGAGAGUAUUAUAUUUCAUCGCCACUGAGGUGUCUGGCAAGAUGAAAAUUUUGGGACUAGAUAUUAUAGUGAAUGCAGUCAUUGCUGUCCACAAAAGAGCAAUAGUUAGUGAUGUCUACUUGGAAAAAAUUAAGAAUACAAUCAUGCUAGAUUUAAAAAUACAAGUAGAUAUAGCCCACAAGUAUAUAUACACCUUUUAUCAGCAAUUCGGAGGACAAAUUGAUGAUGCCAAUAUACACUUAUUGAUGAGAAGAAUAUGGGAAAACCAAAUCCCCAAAAAUGCACUAAGAUUUACACUUACUAUGAUGCAGACGUUCCCAGGAGGAUUAACAUCUUUGAUAACCAUUGGAAGAGCAAUUAAAAAGUAUGAUGACUUCAAUUGGGGUAUCAUCUUCAAUAUGUUUCCUGAAGAUACAGUGAAUUACUUCAAUGGAGUAACUGUUGUUGAUGGAAAUGUAUAUUAUGCCUUAAGACGUAACUUAGGAAUUGUUAAGACCACUUGUUAUGCAAACUUAGCUUGGAUAGCUCAGGAGCUUCUCAUUAGAGUAGGAGGAGAAUUGUCUUUGAGUGGGUAUCGUGGGUGGAAGUGUCCAGUGGCCCAAAAAAGUGCUGCAGACAAGUUGAUAGCUGCCUACAUCACUGGAAGAAAUCAGGGAAUCGAAAUUGUUAAUGAUAAUGAUCCAGGAAUUGUGAGACAUCCAUAUCAUGCACGUCUUCUUGAAUUGGUUAAAUCUGACAAAAACAGGCAAUUAUUUGGAAGAUAGAUGUUGAUGGAUGUCAUACAAUAUAAUAUACAAUUAUAUUCCUAUAAUAUAUGAUAAACUACUCUUGCAUUUACUUUAGAUUUUAAGUUUGUACUCUCAAAUGUAACUAUGAAUAUAACAUAAUAAUAUAAUAUUAUCUCAAGAUGAGAGAGGAAAACCU